AUGAAACACGACACAGCGGCAGCAAGCGGCAGCGAGUAUCGAAGGCCUGUGAUUGAUGUCGAGGCAAGAAGUAUUGUUGUGACGGACAACGCCCAGCAUGCGUGGCAUGUUGAGAAUCCGGCCAUGAUUGCUCGUACGACCCCACCGCAAAGAAACGAGGGCAGCCAGAGGGUUACUUACGUCCGCGGCCUGGAGAAGCUUUGGGCUUUGUCAAUAUCCAACAUCGAGGGCCUAGAGGAGGGGAUACUUGAGAUGCUGGGAUCGAAAGAAGUCGAAUCCUCUCAGAUACAAGAGCUUUUCUCCCUGUGGAACAAUGAAAGGGCGUCAGAAAGGCUACAUGAGAUAUGGAAAUCGAGCGAGCUAUACACGAGUGUUGAAGAGUUGUUGUUGAAUCCAGGCUCAAUUAUUACUGGAACGCCGUGGAUUGAAGAAGAUAGAGGAGGGAUCGAACCUGAACAUUCAUUAUCUGACAUUGGGUCAGAUUCCCAACUUGACGACUGUUCAGACCAUUGUAUUGGAGAAAUUUCGCCGUGGACAUUGACUCAAACUCAACCUGUGUCACCCCGACCUCCCGACAUGGACGCACGAAGAAUCAAGCUUCGUAUUUUGAGCCAAACUGCAGAAAGAAACCCCCGCACGAAACCCCCCACCCAAACGCCACACCCCCCCGACACCCACCCCGCACAUACACAUAGCUGGUUCCCUAUCCUAGCAAAACAUGAGAUUCUCAAGGCAUCCUACCAAUACAUAGAUCCAUCUUUCCAAAUGACAAGCAAGGAACAAAAAACGCAUGUACGGCAGAAAAUCAAACAAGGCAUAGUUCCAUCACGCUGUAAUGGACGACCUGAUAUUAUUCUACCCAACGGUUUGAUAUCACAAGAAACUAGCAGCAUUGAUACCUCGAAUAACUUCCAACGCCCAUUUACUGCCAUUAUAAUACCUAAAAUCUGA